AUGUCUCUCGUACGAAGCAUCGCGCGUACACGGCUCCAAGCCCCGCAGUUGAGGCAGUUCAGGCAGCUCGGCUCAGAUACAAUGGUCAGCACGAAGACUUCAGGACGUGCGAAGCCAGACUGGGGAUACCAGGCAAAGAGAGCUGGCGGCACAGCCAUGAUGUACGUUCCUGUGGUCGCGGUUGUUAUGUUCUGGCCUUAUACUGUCAAGCCUGUCAUGGAUCGAGUUCGGUGGUAG